AUGAAUAAUCCGAAAGCCAAAUUUCUCAUUAAUUAGAGAAGUGCUGGGAUGUUGCCUUAGCUUAGAGAUAAUGGACCUAAGAAGUCACUCUCUGAAUUAAAAGAUGAUAUUGAAAGUGGGAAUACUGAUGGUUUUAAACUUACAAAAGAAAUCGUUGAUUAACUACUAGAUGAUAAUAAUAACAAAAUGUACGAUGUUAAACUUAAUUAGGAGAGCGUAUAGGAUAUUACAAAUGAGGAGAGAAUUCACAGAAUUGAAAUCAAACUCAAGAAUCAGUAUGUCGAGAAACUCAAAAAUACUUUCAAGAAAAUGAGGAAUAAUAGUAAAUUCGAGUAUGCGCCGAAUACUAAUUUGUCUUUUAUUGGAUCAAAGAUAAUCAAAUAAAAGCAGAAGCUGUAUUAGGAAAAGCCAUUGAAUUAUCUUUAGAAAUUGGAAAAGCAAGAGGAGAAAAGGAUUGAGUUGCCGUUGGAUGUUUCUAUUUUAAACUUACACUCUAGUGCUGAGAGGAAAAAAAGUAAUAUGCAGUUAGUUGAAACCCCUAGACAAAAAAAGCUGAACCAUUAUAAUAAUCAUAGCUUCCUUUAGAUAGAUUUGGAUAAUAUGAAAUCCAGACUAAAAGAGCUCAUGGAUGAUGAUGAAGAGGAUGAUGAUUUGAAACGAAAUUAAGACAAUCAAAGUUCAGGCAGCAAAUUGAAAGAUUAUAAUAAGAUUCUGGAUUAGUUUGAUUCAUUAAUUAGCAAAUAUGAAACUGACGAUGAUGAUCAACAGGAUGAUAAAGAUUUUCAAGAGCAUGUUGACAAACUCAUGGCUAAGCUUUCUACUAACCAUUAAACAUUUUUUAAGGAAAAAUUACUUGAACCAUUUUACGAAGAAGAUGAGAAAUAUAAAACUUCUGUGUUCAGGAAAAUUUAGUCUAUUAACACAAAUUAUGAUAAAAUUAUAAAAAAGAUUAGCGAAAGAACUAUUCAUUAGACUUAUUUAAGUGAGAUCCUAAACAAAUAAAUCCAAGAUAAAGAUAUGAACUUAAGGAAGAAGUCCAGAUCAGUUUUACCAUCGAUCAUAACACCAAAAAUGAUAAGUAACUCUGAUUCAUUGAUUACAAGAAUUCAUUAGGAAAUGCUUCAAAUAAAGCAGACAAAUAAAGAUGCAACUAGCGUGCUACGAACAAAAGGAAGUUCUGAAUCUAAAUUAUCUCCAAGGAAAGAUCUUAAUGAUUCAAAGUUCCCUGAUAUUUCCCAUAGAGAUUCCUCACUAGAGAAAAACAAUGGAAAUGUAUUGGAAGGAAAAGCAUUAAAGAAGCAAACAUCUAAUCCAACCAUCUUAAUUGAUGACAGGAACUAGAUUGAUGAGGAAGAGUAUGACAAUGAUGAAGAUUUAAACUUUGAUCAUGAAGAGGAUCCCAAAAAGUCAUUAGAUAAAGAAAAGAAAAGCUAGAAUUUUAAUUCUGAGAGAACUUCAAAGGUAACAUCAAAUGGAAAAAGUAUGAUGUAUGAUUCAAGAGGUAAUUUUCACAAGAAAAUUGACCCAAAUACCAGGCAACUUUACAAUAAAGAUAUAGCUUUGAAUUUAGGCUUGGAUGAAGAUUUAAGAAGGUCGAGAGAAUAUUCAAAUAAAAGUUUCAGAACUAAUCUUUCUUAGUCAAUUAGAAUUCAGGGAAUGAGAAGUACUUAUAAAGCCAAAUUUGCAGAAGCUACAGCUCAAGUAAAUUUUUAAACCCCAGUUUCUGAAACUAGAAAAUUUGAUGUAUAAGAGAGUUAACAACAGCAGCAAUAAUUAAACAAUGGGAAUGCAUUAGAUAAUUCAGCUGAAAGGAAGUAAUAGUAUAUUUUACCUCGAGCAAAUUUUGAAUUACCAAAUUCUUAGCUUAAUAUGAUCUCAUAAAAUUCUCUUCACAAAAGAACCAAAACAAAUAUAGCUGCUAAUUACAGCGCUUUAAAGCUCAUCUAGAAUUAAUAAAUAACUCAAAAAAGUAAAUAGUCUAGUUAAGAUAAAUCAGUAUUUAAAUUCGACGACCAUUUUAACAGAACCAAUCAAAGUCUCACAGGAAAUCCCUCUAAGACUGGCAAUUGCUAGUAACUUGUAGAUCAAUCUACAAAUGAUAUAGUCAGUUCAAGAUUCUUGCCAAUUAUCCACAAAAAUUAAAAUGGAAAUACUGUCGACUAUUCGUCUCUGAUUAUGGAAUAGACUUAGGAGAACUUACAGGCAAAAAAUUUCACAAAACAUAGAAGCAGACAGUUUAAGACUAAUUAAACUAUCCUUGCUUAAAAGUACAAGAAGCCCCAGAAAAUAAAGUAAAUAGACUCAAAGUUUGAUGGCAUGAUAUUGAUAAAGCCAUAGUUAUCUCCUAGAGACUCAAACAUAAUUAAUCACAAUUCUAGUGUUGUCAUAGAUGGAUUGAUGCUGCAAUAAGCUAGCUUUGAUAGAGAUAGGGAUGAAUAAAUUCCAUCUAGUUUAAAAAGUAAAUCUAAACUUCUAACUAGAAAGCUUUAUGACUAGUCUGUGCUCUCCAAUUAAAGAAAUGAGAGCGGAGAUAUUAAGCUGAAAUCACCAGCUCUAAGUCCUAGAAAUAUUAAUUUAUGA